GCCUCGCGGGUGCCCGGGGUUGCCGCCAUGAGCUCUCCGGCGCUGUGGGGCCGGUCAGAGAUGCCGAACGGGGAGCGGGGCAAAGUGGGGGAGGGUUCGGCGUUGGGUGCCCGGCGCCGACGCUCGUGGGGAGGAGUGUGGGACAUCUCACCAAAAUCCCAGAUGAGGGAUGGAGCCCACCCGUUUCCUGGCUCGGCCCGUUCGGGCACUCGUGGCAGAAGUGACACGGUUGACAACACGUCCCUGCCCCACCCUCCCCUUGUCCAGCCAAACCCCUAAGGAUAGCAGCGUUCCGUUCGCCCUCGCUCAUCAAACAACAACAAAAAAGUAGAUAACGAAACAUAACUAACAUAAAACCUUUGCAAAACGUACAUAGUAAAAUAGUGUAAUCAAAUGCAGCAAAUAAAGGCAGUAGACAGGAGGUAUCAGUGGAAAAAACCCCUUGAAUUUCACUAUGUAUAUUCUUAUUAUAUGUUGUAUAAGUUAUAAUAGAAUGCCAGCAAAAGUCACAAUCCACGGAUAUCAUACAAUAUGAAAAAGUCUUUAUUUUUUUAUAGCAAUUUAAUAUUUGCCUAGUAAUUAUUACUUUUUAUGUUACUGUCAUUACUGCUUAUGUUACUGUUAUGUUACUUAUUGGUAUUGUUUAUGUGACUGUACUACGUUUGGCAUGGCCUAACAUGCUGUUAAUCACUUGAGGACCCAGACGAGUGCUGUGCUACCUGUGUUAUUUUUGUAGUCUGUUGGAUUAUUGUGAGUACAGAAGUACUAAGAAGCAGGUAUGUGUUGCUUUUCUGUACAUACAUCCAGAUGUGGUGAGAGGUGACAUUCUAAGUUUCCAAAGCUGUUGAAAAGUGAGUGAAUGGAUGCUUUACUUCAUGACAUAAACAACAGAAUUUGUUGAUUAGAUAGUUCUGAAAAGCUGAAUAGGAAGAGUCUGCACCGGGACUGCAGGGUAAACUUGGUAUCCAAACUCAAACACCAGUCUUUUUAUCCUUUGUGUGGAAGGAAUAUAAGUGAAUAUUGUGACUGGAUGACAGUAAUAGUGCUAUGAAAUACUUGUAUUUGGGUGAGAUGAUCCUGCUGGAGCCUCUCUGCCAGGCAACAGACUACAUAAAUCACAGGAAAGGGACAGAAAAAGAGAUAAAAUUAAUAAAGCAUUUAAGUUCAUGAAAAUUUAAAGUUGUAGCUCAGGUGAGGUGACAGCUCUAUAGACCCUAAGCAAAUUAACUUCUCCUUAAGGAAAAGAUUUAUUAGAUGGUGUAGCAGUUUCCAGUGAGAAAAAAAUCCAGAAUGUGGCAGGAACAUAUUUGAAAUCUCAACAGCCUACAGGCUGAGUAAACCCCACUGGUAUCCUUAUUUUGCUGGAAAGGUUAACAUACCCGAGCCCAGCCUUGGGGCUUGUCACAGCUCUCCUUGUUAGGAGCAAUCCAUUAGAUAGCAAUUGUUUAAACUGUCAAACAGGGGAAAAGGCUUUGGGGAGCACUCACACAAGUGCUCACCCACCCUCUGUAGGACUAGCAGUAAUCACAGCCAAGGGAAAGGACUUGGAGGAAUUAUUGUAGUUAUUAUUUUAGUUGGCCUAGGUUUAGCAAGAUGGGAUUGUGUGCAUGUUGCAUGUUUGGUGCUAAACCUCUUGUGCAUCUAAAUGAGGAAGGGAUUCAGAUUAGUACUUUUGAGUGUUUCUGACCACCAGAAAAUGAACUGAGGCAGAAAAAUAAGAAUUCUCCAAGCAUGUUUGUAAAAUACAACGUUUCGUAGAAGCCUGUUAAUUUUUUCUGUUGGUGUGUUUGGCUUAGAAGGCAAAAAGGCGAUUUUUCUAAUGCAUAGCAAUUCCAUCCCGUGGUCUGAAACUCUCCAACUCUUUCCAUCCAUUCUAAUGAUGAAUUCUAAUUACAUCUUAGUUGACAGCUUUAGUGAAGAGCAGCUGACUAGAACCCAUUCCAGUCCUAAAUAGGCAUUUUGGCUCUGAAGCGGUGACGGAAAUAGAAAAGAGUGUUUUGUCAGUGAAGUGCCACACAGUUUGUUUAUUUUCAGUAGGUUCCUUAACUGUGAGAGGUUUCCCACCCAUCUUCUCCCUCCUUCUGAUACUGCUUUAUAUUUUCACAUGUGCUUUGGUAUUUCAUUUGCAAAGCUGAGAUCCACAGGGCAGACCCCUCUGUUCUUGAUUUGCGUUGCCAAAUCACCCCUCGUAGCUACUGGGUGUUUUCCUCAAGAUGCAGAGUAGCAGGGGUAGCUUAUUGUACAUCACUUCAAAACUGUCUAUAUAAAUGCAGUAUCUUUAAUCCAUCUGAUUACAGAGAUGCCAUGGAUUUAUUCUGUUUUUAUUGUUCUUUAAAUAAAUUUACCCUUGAAGGCAUGUAUGUAUGGACACUUCAGCUAAUUAAAGCUCAAGGAAAUAUGAAUAUGUAGUUGAGUUUAGCAGCAUUGAAUACCUACGUUACUCCUGGACACUUAUAAGUGCUUUUAUUACAUGUUAAAACUUUUAGGUUUAGCAAACAUAUCUCCUGCCUGCCAUGGGCACUAAGGUUAUGAUUUUGCUGUCCUACAUGAGAUUGUGUUGCUAUCAAACUAGUGUUGCUAAUGGCAUGUAGAACUCGUGGAAGUAAACAAGUGACUUAAACUAAGUACUUACUAUAUUUUUUUUUUCAAUUUGCUCAUCAUUAGUGUUUAGGUAAAAAUAAAGCCCACAGCAAUAUUGAGGAUUGCUCAAUAAGCUGGUUUUUGUCCUGGAAUUUAAGCAAAGAGAUGUUUUCAGUUAACUUACCACAGACUUUCUUUCUUUAGGUACAAAACUACAAUGUAAUAUGAAUAAAAAUAAGACUGGGAUUAGUUGAGAAUUUAUCUUUAUUUCCUGUUGAACUCCUAAUAGGAACGAGAGAAGGCUCUUCAUGCGUGUGUCUAUCAGUCUGUAUUUGCUUUGGAAAAAUUCAGGAGUUGUGGAUUACAAAGACUGCAGGGCAUUAAGAGCAUUUUGGAACAUUUUUUUUUCUUGGAUAAGAGUUCCCAAAGAGCAAAUACAAUCAACAAGUCAGUGACUGAACUUACGGGCUGUCAAUAUGUAGCAUUAGUGCAUCUCUCCUGCAUGCUCUUUCAACUUCACUGAUAUUUGAGGUUUAAUUCCUUAGUGAUACUAGUAACAAUGUGGUGAUAGAUGAAGAAUUCUCAUACCGUGAGAAUAAUUCUGAAGAGCAUUUCUAUAGUAUUUCUGAAGUGUUGCAUUCAUUGUGUCAGUCCUUGUUCUGUAUAAGUAGUUUACUAAUUUGGGAAGUCAAAAGGCUACAUGGCCCAUAUUGCAGAGUGCCCCAGCCUUUCACAGUCAAUAAUUCUUAGUUUCUUUAUAAGAAAAGCUCAGUAAUGCAAAUUUUCUCCAUUUGGUAUGAAUUUUUGAUUUAUUGUUAUUACUAUGAAAGCAUUUUUAACCUUACUCAUCUGCAUUGUAUAGGAGAAAUGCGGAUCUGAAUGGCACUCAGCAUUUUUAUAGAUGUUCAAAAAAGCUGCACUGUAGGAAAAAUAUUUGCUUUUUACAUAUGUGGAGUUGGAAAGCCUAACUCCAUAGUUAACCCUAAUCCAUAAUCCAUUAGGAGAGGCAUUUUCAUGAUAGAAAGAUAGAUAAAUGCAGAACUAGUGUCUGAUAUAAUUUUUCUGGCAAUCAUCUGUUUCAGUAUUGAUAAAAUAAGUUCUAUUUCUACUUGACUACUAAAUACAGUGUUCAAGUAAUUUUAGGAAAUGCUACUUUUAAAUACAUCCCCCAUCACCAAAUAGGAGAGGAGAUGCAAAUUUGUGAGCUGCUUUUAACUUUUCUGAAAGAUGCUUUGAUAUAUGGUGAAAUAAUCUCUAAAUGAAUGUUAAAGUUAAUUGUAAAGGGAGGCCAAGCAAAGAGAUCAGUAGAACUAUAUACGAAGCUAAAACGCUUUUAAACAGGAAACAGUUAUUUAAAGAACUAGUAUAGAUAGAUUUAAGGUUUAGAAACAAUAUGCAUGUGAUCAUUCAGGAAUUUAAGAACACCACACUCACUUCAAACACUGCUAAGAGUCUCUGUUACUGUCCGUAUUUAAUCGUAAAUUUAAAAUCCUGGCAUGAUACUUUGCUCAAGCUUCCCCCACCCCACCUGUUUUCUUUUUUCCCCUCUAGAUUUAUGGCAUACACCAUGGUGCAUCUGUGCUGGAAGCUGUCCAUCUGCUUUUUCUUCUAUCAAGUUGUCUCAGGAAGAGUCAGGAGGGAGGGGCACUAUGUUGCCGCUGUGUAUGAGCACGAGUCCAUACUGAGUCCCAACCCGACAGCCCUGGUGGAUCGGCGCUCCGCGCUGGAUCUCAUGGGCAAGAACCUCGACAUCUAUGAGCAGCAAGCAGUGGCUGCUGCCAGACAGGGGGCACAGAUCAUUGUUUUUCCUGAAGAUGGAAUCCAUGGCUUCAACUUCACCAGAAGCUCCAUUUAUCCUUACUUAGAUUUCGUUCCGCAUUCGCACUCUGGGAAGUGGAAUCCGUGCAGAGAGCCCUAUUUGUUCAAUGACACAGAGGUUAUUCAGCGUCUGAGCUGCAUGGCACUGAAGAACAAAAUAUUCCUUGUGGCAAACUUAGGAACUAAGCAGCCCUGUGAACACACUGAUCCUCACUGUCCACCCGAUGGAAGGUACCAGUUCAACACCAACGUGGCGUUCGAUGAUGAUGGUACAUUGGUAGCCACUUACCGCAAACACAACCUGUAUUUCGAAUACGCUUUUGAUACCCCUCCAGAGCCUGAUUAUAAACACUUUGAUACCCCUUUUGCUGGCAAGUUUGGCAUGUUCACUUGCUUUGAUAUACUCUUUUUUGAGCCCGCAGUGAACCUCAUCAGACAAUACAAUUUGAAACAAAUUGUAUAUCCAACUGCCUGGAUGAACCAGCUCCCGCUCUUGUCUGCUGUAGAAUUUCAACAAGCUUUUGCAACAGCUUUCAAUGUCAAUAUUUUAGCAGCUAAUAUCCACCACCCUACCUUGGGCAUGACAGGGAGUGGGAUAUACACUCCAGUCAAAUCCUUCAUCUACCACAACAUGGAAAGUUAUGGUGGCAAGCUCAUAGUAGCAGAAAUUCCUGUGAUUACCACGGAUCAUGAAACCAAUUUGGAGAGUAAUGAAAGAUUCAGAGUGAACUUACAUGACUCAUGCAGGACUUUUACGAGCACCUUGCUGGAUGAUCAAGUUUGCUUUAAGGAGCAAGAAGAGACUCCUGACAGAGUAUCUGAAAAAGGAAAUGAACAGUUACCUCCCCCAUUUUAUGCAGAAAUGAUGUAUGACAACUUUACUUUCGUUCCUGUAUGGGGGGAAAAAGGACAGCUCCAGGUUUGUGCCAAUACCCUUUGUUGUUACUUAAAUUAUCAGAGAGCUGUUUUAACUGAUGAAUUAUAUGCUUUGGGAGUUUUCGAUGGGCUCCAUACAGUGCAUGGCACAUACUAUGUCCAGGCCUGUGCCUUAGUGAAGUGUGGUGGUCUCAGCUUUAGCACUUGUGGACAGGAGGUUACAGAUGCCACUGCUCUGAUAGAUUUCCAGCUAUGGGGAAAUAUGAGUACCCCUUACAUCUUUCCUUUGCUGCUGACAUCUGGUAUUACCUUGGACUUUGCUGAUCACAUGGGCUGGAAAAACAACCACUAUUUCAUGAGCAAAAAUAGAACAUCUUCUGGCCUUCUGACAGCUGCUCUGUAUGGACGAUGGUAUGAAAAGGACUAGCACAGAUAUUUGAGUCAGAAAACAACUGCCCGUAUGUGCAGAGUAUUUAUCUUAACAGAAGUUGUUGAACAUCCACGCUUCCUAGAGGUCCAGGUGUGUUUGUUAAAUGACUCACUGAUUAGGUUCCACAUUUGAAAUGAUAAGCAAAGCACCCUAAGAAUCUGUAAGUACAGUCUGUACUGUGGUAGCUUAUGUCUUACCAGAAGGGAAAGAACUGCCUUGCAAAGAUAAAGGCUUGCUGUAAUUCGGUGAGAUGUUUUAUAUGGGGAAAACAACUCAUUUCAACUGAAUUUGUUCCUUUUAAUUUAAUCCUUUCAUUUUCUGGUGUUCUGGCUUGGAGUAUGGAAAUGAAUGGAAUGGAAAACUGUUGCAAGAGAAAAAAAAAGGGAAGGAAGACACAAAUACUGUGUGUGACAUGCACAAAAAUAUGUAGGUAUACAUACAUAGAGCUUGUAUGUGCUGAGGUUCUGAUUUUUGGUUAGGGUGCCAUGAUUCUUUUUUUUUUUCCUUUCUUCUUUUUCUUCUUUUCUUUUCUUUCCCUGCUAAACUCCCAGUUUUUUCAUAUGCUUUUAGCAGUAUCUGAAUGUUACAGUUGUAAACAUCUACAGAAUAUCUAAUCUGGGGAAGACGAUAUCAAAUGCGUGUGAAAAACAAGAUUGCAGUAAGACACAAUUCCCAAGAAAUUAUGUUUACACAAAACAUUGGCAAUGAAUAUCAACAACAUAUGUUAUGUACUGUUUGAGUACUUUAACUUCCCCUGUUUAAAAGAGAGGUAGGCCAUUUCAAGACUCUUUUGACUUUAAGACGUCUUAGCCAUUGUUCAUGAAUUUAUUCAAGAGGAGUUAGGAAAAGCACAUAACGAACUGAGGGACAGCAAGGCUUUUACAUCAGUGCUUCAUGUACCAGAUGGCAGGCUCGUGCUGCUGAGUGAGGAAAACACACCAUUCUUUCCAGGGCAAUAACUAGAUUAAGUGCUAUAACUGUUCUACUGCAGUGAAGAAGCUGGGAAGAAAAUAUUCAAAGGAUAUUAAUUUGGGGUUAAAUUCAGACAGGUUAAUGCAUUCUCAAGCAUUGUAAUUGUAUGUGGUCUUACUGACUGUUAUGACUUCAUCUGCUAAUAGCUGUUGAGUAAUGGAAUAAACACAACUGUUCCUUUGGUCCAGUC